AUGUCCUCUUUCUGGAGACCAGAUGCCGAACUGUCCCAUUCAGAACGACCCCUACACACUAAAAGUAAAUCAGCGCCUUUAUCCCCUGAGGCUAUCGACGACCUCAAGAAAAAUGAAAACAGCGAAUGGGAACACCAUCCGAGGAACCCUCUCAAUUGGACGUCGUGGAAGAGGUGGAGCGUUAUUGUCGUUAUAUCUUUAUACAUGUUUGUAACCGUACUGGAAAGCUCUGUGAUGGCCCCCGCAUUGCCGGACAUCAGUCGGCAUUUCAGCAUUAACGACCAGACUGUCGUUGUUUUGACACUAUCGAUAUACCUACUGUCAUUUGCAAUUGCACCACUCCUAUAUGCCCCUCUUUCGGAGAUGUACGGCCGUUUCUUGGUAGUUCAGAUCAACAUGGUUCUCUUCCUGGGUUUUAAUAUCGGAUGCGUGUUCGCUCCGACCACAGGAGCUCUCAUUGCUCUACGUUUUCUCAGCGGAUGGGUUGGCUCGGUGCCUCUAGCUUUAGGCGGUGCGAUUAUAGGCGAUCUAUUCCCUCCGGCUGGCAGAGGGCUUGCUAUGGCCGUUUUCACGAUGGGUGGAAUGAUCGCUCCUGUGGCAGGACCAAUAGCUGGCGGUUUUCUGACAGAGACCUCAGGUUUCAAGUACAUCUUCGUACUCCUGGUCUGUCUCUCCGGCGUGUUUCUUCUCAUUAGCAUACCUUUGUUCCGGGAAACCUACGGCCCAGUCAUACUAGCACGCUCUUUCCGCACCCCCAAAGACUUGGAAAAUACCUCCAUGGCUCUCAAUAGGAGGGAGAGCAUCCAAAACGUGUGGAUCAAUGUCAAGAGGCCCUUUGUACUACUUGCACGGAGCUUCAUAUGUUUCAUCCUCAGCCUCUACAUGGCGACUUAUGCAGGCAUUUGGUACUUGAUGUUCACGACGUUCCCAGGCAACUCAUAUAAGUGUGUUGUCUCAGUGCUGUUUACCGACAUCUACCACUUCAACACCGGAACAGUGGGCUUGGCCUACAUAGGGCUCAGUAUCGGAUUCGUACUGGCCACUUUCGUAGUCGCUGGGGUAGGCGACAGAGUCUUCACAGAGCUUGUUCGUCGCAACGGUGGCAAGUCGGCCCCAGAGAUGCGCAUUCCUUUGCUCAUCGUAGGAUCGUUCUUUGUCCCCAUCGGCUUAUUCUGGUAUGGCUGGUCUAUUGAAGCCAAAAUUCAUUGGAUAAUGCCUAUCCUCGGGACGGGAAUAUUUGGGUUUGGGAUCGCACUUGGGAUUCAAUUCUCUCAACUUUACCUCAUUGAUGCCUUUGGGAUUUACGCUGCAUCAGCCCUCUCAGCUGCUGCGGUUCUUCGCUCCAUGUUAGCCUUUGCAUUCCCAUUGUUUGGUUCUCAGUUGUACGAGACUUUGGGCAAUGGAGGAGGCAACUCGCUACUCGCUGGAAUCUCCAUAGUUCUUGGGAUCCCUUUUCCAAUUUUGAUUUGGUACAAAGGGGAUGCAAUUAGGAAGAGAAACCCCCUUGACUUGUAA